GUGGGCGGAGUGCAGCUCCACACACCUCCUCCUCCUCCUCCUCCUCCACCACCACCACUCAGCAUACCUGCUCCUCUCUGCUGCUCAUUUACACUCCUAUAAGCCCAGUAUAUCGACAUGGGUGUAGAAGUGGAGACGAUAUCUCCAGGCGACGGGAGAACCUUUCCAAAGAAGGGACAGACAUGUGUAGUGCAUUAUAUAGGAAUGCUGCAGAACGGAAAAAAGUUUGAUUCCUCACGAGACAGAAACAAGCCCUUCAAAUUCAAAAUCGGCCGACAGGAAGUCAUCAAGGGCUGGGAGGAAGGUGUUGCACAGAUGAGCCUCGGUCAGCGGGCAAAAAUCACCUGCACUCCAGAUAUGGCAUACGGAGCCACAGGGCACCCUGGGGUCAUCCCUCCUAAUGCCACACUCAUAUUCGAUGUGGAGCUGCUAAAGCUGGAGUGAAUCCUCCACUUAAGAAGGAAGAAACUCUAACCCUCUGCCCCACCAUGGAAAUGCUUCCCGUGAAUUUAGGGUCUCAAACUACACACUCGGAAUAUCCUCGUCUUCAUUGCCAACCUGUGCUGCAUAUUUCACCUAGCUCUUUUUAAACAUGUGAAACACUACAGCUCUAGUUUGCACAUAAGCAAUGUCCUAUUCGAUUUCGUUUGAACAUUACAUAGAAUUAUUAAAUCAGCAUAACCAUAACAUACAUGUUUGAAUUGAAACCACUGCCUUACUGUAUUUGAAGUGGAAGCAUGGUGUAAUAGAAGUGACAGCUCUGCUCUUCUGUAUAUUAAGGGGCAUUAACAACCACUGUCUGCAUUGCCACUUUUGAUAUAACUUUGUCCAGCUAAAUGCAUAAGAAACAAUAAUCUGUGCUGUACUUAGUAAUAUUUUAUAUGUAUCCCUUAUAAAAUUUGCUGCAAGUAUCAUAGGAGUUCACAAAACCUUGCCUAUGCCUGGAACAAACUGAACACUGUAUCAUGGAAUGCUUUGGCUUCUUUGAAUAUUUUAUCUGUCGACUCUUAAUAAAUAUAAUAAUAUUUGGAA